CCCAAGCGCUUGGUAAUCAGGGCGGAGGCUUGUUCAGUGGCUGCGGGUGACACCUGGAAAUUCUGGGGUUUGCACCCGUGACAUCUAAGCUCUCACCUCGUGAACCUUCACCAUCGCAACUUUCCAAUCCCUCUACCACAACAUCGAUCCCUCUUCACCGCCCACUCACCUAACCAGGCUUUAACGGCACAAAUUCUCCCACAUCAAAUCUUUGAUCUAUUUGCGUGACGUCGUCCGCCCAGCUCUACAUAGCUCGGCUUCCGCCAUGGCCGAGCCGCGCUCGGGGCCGGUAUCGUUGACACGAUAUCGGCCCAUCCUUUACCUCUUCACCGGUGUCGCCGCUACCUACGCCCUUCUCUACAUUCGCAACAAUGUCCUCUCGUCGCAGUCCUCUUCGCAAGCCCCACUCCGACGUCGAAACGCCCUGCGCCGCAGCAGACAUUCCGGUGCUGAGGAGCUCAGACUCGUGGACUCGCCAUCCUACCGUGCUAUAACCCAUCUGGAGCUUCUGGAGCGCCAGAAUGGGGUGUAUGGGACAUUCCGCAUCGAGACGGAAGAUGGGCGACGGGUGGAAAGCGGACUCUUACCCUCACUGCUUGCGACUCGCGACCAGCUGAUGGAGGAGGUCGGCGUCCCUGAGGACCACGCGGAACGUAUGCGCGAAAUGAUGGAGGACACAUUUCUCGAAUCUUUCCUCGCGCUUGAUUUUCCCUCUUCGCAUAUCCUACCAGUGGGUAGCCCCGAACGAGCAUAUCUGACGGAGCAGUUGCAGCGAAGAGGAAUCUCUCGUGCCGGGAUCGAGAGAGCGCUGAACCGAUUCAACGCCGAUGAGAAUUAUGGCGAUGAACUACGCCGUCGACGCCAGAAUGGUGAACGUGUUACUCUCUCUACUUCGACUUUCCCCGACACCGCCGCCGCGCCGCCCGAGACUCAGGACCUGGAGGGCGGAGAACCAGCUGUUGAUGAUCAGAGCGUUUUCUCCUGGAGGGAUGGAAAUAAUGAUUCUUCCCCCACACGAGAGGGUCAGAACCUGCUCAACUUGCUUUACCAUAUUGCAGAAGAUCAAGCACGGCGGGAUGGCUAUAUCCAUCGGGGAGUGACUUGCAAUAGCUGCGGCGCCAUGCCUAUCCAGGGUAUCCGCUAUCGCUGCGCCAAUUGCAUUGAUUACGAUCUCUGCGAGACUUGUGAGGCAAUGCAGGUGCAUAUCAAGACACAUCUAUUCUACAAGGUCCGCAUCCCAGCCCCAUUCCUAGGAAACCCGCGGCAAUCUCAGCCUGUCUGGUACCCUGGCAAGCCAGCAAUGCUGCCGCGCAGCCUUGCGCGGCCUUUGGCAAAGCGCCUUAUGCGCGAGACCAACUUUGAAAAUACCGAACUCGAUGCUCUCUGGGAUCAGUUCCGCUGUCUAGCAAACUACGAGUGGCCUGAUGAUCCAAACAAGCUGUACAUGGCGAUUGACCGCAAGACGUUCGACCGAUGUUUCGUCCCCAACACCUCUAUUCGUCCACCUCCUCCCAGUCUCAUCUACGAUCGCAUGUUUGCGUUUUACGACACCAACGGGGACAACCUCAUUGGGUUUGAGGAGUUCCUGAAAGGCCUAGCCAGUCUGAACAACAAAAGCAACGACGAGAGGUUACGCCGCGUCUUCCGUGGCUAUGAUAUUGAUGGCGAUGGAUAUGUGGAACGAAAAGAUUUCCUUCGAGUAUUCAGGGCGUAUUAUACCCUGAGUCGAGAGCUCACCCGUGAUAUGGUCGCAGGGUUGGAGGACGAUUUCCUCGAAGGUGGUGCUCGUGAUGUUGUUCUCGGCAGCCAGCCUAUCAGCUCUGCAUUUCCCGGCACUAUUCCUUCGGGGCAAGUUUCACGAACUGGCGAAGGGAAACGCAUCAAUACAGAGGGUGAUAUGGAGAUUGUUGACAACGGAGGAAUUCUUCGCCAGGACGGUACUGAUACUGGGAAUCGACACUCCGUUAUCGGUGAAGCUUCUGUCAGGGAGCAAUUUGGUCGUACCAGGCCAUUGUUCCCAUCCACAUUACGUCUUCCGAACACUGCGAUUGAGGUCCAGCAGCCUGACCCCACACAGGGCGAUGCGCAUGAGCAUGAUAAUGAAGAUGAGGAUAACGACGCGAGUGGCUCCGACGAGUCAAGUUCAUCAGCUGCCAGUGGUAAUUGGCCACCAGCGGAGCACAUCCAUGCGGAAGACAUAAUUGAAGCUCUUGGAACAAUGCGUGACGACGACCGAAGACGGAUGGAAGAGACACGCCGACAUGGGAUCGACGAACGCUGGCGGCGGAGGGCAUUCUAUACCGAUGAGGAGGAUGGCGCUACAAUUCCAGACGGCUACCAACCCGACCCUACUUUCGACGGUGAGCUGAGCGAUGAAGCCUCUACUGACGAACCUUCCGCUCUCGAAUCACACCCACCAUCUCCACGCUCCCGGUCUUCUUCUAAGGUUCGAUUUGAGGAUGAUAUCGCAGAUGAUUAUGAUAUUCGGUCGAACCCUUCGACGUCUUCUCGCAGCAUCCCCGUUGGUGAGCGCUGGGGUGGCUUUGAAAUUCCCGAGGUUGAGAGAGAUGUCGGUAAGGAGGUUCUGUACCAGUUUACUCAGCAAGGCUUUAAUGAGCUUCUCGACGUUCUGUUUAAGCCAAAGGAAGACUUGAUCAUGGAAGUGUACCGGACUCGGGCUGAUCGUAAGAUCUGGGCCCAUGAGAUUGAACAAUAUGAGAACUCACCAUCUCGGAAGGCGUCGCCUCCUGCCAAGGAUCGAGUCGUGUUUCCAAAGCACGAGGAGCAUCUCCAGGAAAUUACGGACAGCAGAUCGCUGGAUGAUCUCUUGAGUUCUGCUGGGUACGCAGUGCACAGUCCGACAUUGGAGCCUGUAGAUGCUCAACCGGUCUUGGCCCCCCCGUUGCCAGAUGGCAUGUCACCAGAUGAUGAUGUGCGACCUACUCAUCUUGUCGAUCCUGAUCAUGAGGACGGGCUUGGCCAGCAUCAGCCAUUUGAGGAGGACGAUGAUGACGACGAUGAAACAGCCUCGGACACCAGCUCGUUCAACACGGAAGACCAAGUCCGUUUCUCCGAGUACGCUUCUUUCGAGGCGUCCUCCGAUAUUGAACCCGGGUUCAGCUUUGAGGAAAUACCCGACUACGAUCCCACUCUCCCACAAUUCCGUCCCGACUCGGAUGCGGUGCGUCCGUGUCUCUCUUUCCGAGAUGAGCCUACGGUGGUGACUGGCGAUGAAGACGGUACCUUGUCAUCACCUGAACUCCCAAGUCGACUCCGCCUGCAACCAAAUAGCACCACCUCUCUCCCUGCACCCACCUCGCCCCACUCAUCCUCCCCAGAGGCCGAGGAAACAGCACCAAAACCCCCUCCUUCACCAAUGCAACCACUCCCACCUCCGCCUAGAUCAACGAGUGCGCCACGUGAGGCCGUCGUGCCGCGUCAACCCACGCCGGGUACCCUAGCCCGUUGGGCAUAUCUCAAUCGAGUUGAGCGUGAGGCUAAGGAACGUGGCGGUGGAGCCAAGCUCAACUUUGAAGAGUUCUCGCGUCGGAUGGCGGCUGAUAAGGGCCGCCGUCUGGGCUUCGUGGCGAGUUGGAUUGAGAUGGCUAGCUUUUAGGGAGGUUUGAUCUGAGCGGCUGCUAGGGUCGUUCGAUCUCUUGUGUCAGAUGUCUAUGUAUAUUAUUUGUCUCGAAUACCCAGUAAUGAUCCACGAUUCUUCUAGAUUAUAACGCUUGUAAACUACGAUCCAGUGAUAUGUAGUGUCUCGCCUCUGGUGCAUUGGUUCGGUCAUCUACCUACUUACCUAUUUUAUCCUUGUCGUCCUACCUAAUAGGUAUGGGUACCUGGUAUGUAGGCCAGUGAGCUUUCUGUGGCUCUCGGAUUUGAACGAGAAUAGUUCCCAAGGUAAACCCG